UGAUCUCGUGGCUGCGCUCGGACCGGUACCGGAGCCAGUGAGCCAUGAGGUGCGCAGUGAACCGCCCGCUAUUGGUGGGCCUCCUGGUGACAGCACUGUGUGUCGGGGUCCUGAGCGAGGGCGGUGACCCGGAGACUGCCUCCCCGGCCGCCACGCAGCCGGCCUCGCUGGUCGGCACUCUGGACCAGCUGUGGGCGUUCGUGGAGCGGCUGGAGGGCGCCGCUGGCCGGGCGGUGCUGGCCGGACUGGACAGCCGGCUGGAGCAGCUGCACGGCCGGCUGACGGCCCAGCUGGGCGGCCUCGCUGACCGGCUGGACGGCUGUCGCCCGGACGCCGAGCUGGCGGCCCGCGUCAGUGAGCUCUGCAGAGGGAGGGAGGACAGCGGUCGGCUGCAGACGAUCUCUGCCCGGCUUGAGACGCUCUCUGCCCGACUGGAGACGCUCGCUGCUCGGCUGAACCGAGCUCACUCGGACCCCGCUCCGCCCCGCGACUGCAGUGACCUACCGGUCGGUUCCCAGAGCGGCAUCUACCUGCUGCAGCCCGGCCUGGGGGCCGCCGGAGAGGUGCCCGCCUACUGCGACUUGGAGACGGACGGCGGACGGUGGACCGUCAUCCAGCGCCGGGCUGACAUCCUGCCCAGAGAGGACUUUUACCGAGACUGGGCCGCCUACAAGGAGGGAUUCGGAGAGCUGGAUAAAGAAUUCUGGUGGGGCCUCGACAACAUGUGGACCAUGACAUCACCCAGAGAUCGGCAAUACGAACUGCGUAUAGACUUGGAGGACUUUGAAGGUGAACGGAGACAUGCUAUCUACCAGAACUUUCGCAUUUCCUCUGAAUCGGACGGAUAUCGGCUCAAUGUUGUCAACUACACCGGAAAUGCCAACGAUGGGCUGGCACAUCACGACGGCAUUCGUUUUCAUACCAAAGAUAGAGAUAAUUUUAGAGGAUGUGCUGCGGACUACAAGGGCGCCUGGUGGUACAACAACUGCCACGACUCGAACCUGAACGGCCAGUACCUCGCCGGGCCGCACACAACUCACGCCGACGGCAUCAACUGGGAACUCUGGCGAGGCAACAAGUACUCGCUGAAGGCGGCCAGCAUGAAAAUCAGGCCCACCAGAAAGGCUCUGAAUGCGACCUGAUAGAUAAUGAUUUUGUUGCUUAUUUGCGGAACAGUUCAAAUAUAUUUCAUUACGAUCUUUUA